GAAGAUAAGCAUCAAAUGGAGAACCAGUGCCUUCCCAAGAAAGUUCCAGGUUUCUGUUCCUUUCGCUAUGGGCUGGCCAUCCUUCUGCACUUCUGUAAUAUUACCAUCAUGGCCCAGCGAGUGUGCCUAAACCUCACAAUGGUAGCCAUGGUGAACAGCACAAAGCCAGCCCAUUCAACUAAUGACUCUGCGGUGGCGAUUCUGGAUGACGUAAAGAACCCUGUGUACUCCUGGAGUCUUGAUAUCCAAGGGCUUAUUCUCAGUUCUGUCAUCUGUGGCAUGGUUGUGGCUCAAAUCCCUGUUGGGUACCUGGCUGGGAGGUACCCGAUGAAGAGGAUAAUUGGGUCUUCACUAUUCUUCAGCUCCAUCUUGUCCCUGCUCAUCCCACUGGCCGCACAAGCUGGAGCAGCUUUGAUCAUUGUGUGCCGAGUACUUCAGGGAAUAGCCCAGGGGACAGUGUCUACAGGCCAACAUGAAGUAUGGGUCAAAUGGGCACCUCCCUUGGAACGAGGCCGACUUACCUCUAUGACGCUAUCGGGGUUUGUAAUGGGACCAUUUAUUGUCCUGCUUGUGAGUGGAUUCAUCUGUGAUCUUCUGGGCUGGCCCAUGGUUUUCUACAUUUUUGGCAUUGCUGGCUGCGUUCUGAGUCUCUCCUGGUUCGUUCUGUUCUACGAUGACCCCAAGGACCACCCGUACAUGAGCAGCAGAGAGAAAGACUACAUCGUAUCCUCUCUCAUGCAGCAGGUCAGCUCAGGCAGACAACCUUUGCCAAUCAAAGCAAUGCUUAAGUCUCUUCCAGUCUGGGCCAUUAUCCUCAACAGCUUUGCUUUCAUAUGGUCGAACACCUUCCUGAUUACAUAUACUCCGACAUUUAUCAGCACCGUGCUUCACGUGAAUGUUAGAGAGAACGGGCUGCUGUCCAGCCUCCCCUACCUGCUUGCCUACAUCUGUGGUAUCGUAGCAGGUCAGAUGUCAGACUUCUUCCUGUCCAGGAAGAUUUUCAGCGUAAUUACCAUCCGGAAACUCUUCACCACCUUAGGGACUCUCUGUCCUGUGGUCUUCACCAUGUGCGUGCUCUACCUAAGCUUCAACUUCUACAGCACCGUCAUUUUCCUGACUCUGGCCAACUCCACACUCAGCUUUUCCUUCAGCGGGCAACUUAUCAAUGCCUUGGAUAUUGCUCCCAGAUAUUAUGGAUUUCUUAAAGCAGUUGCAGCUUUAAUUGGAAUGUUUGGAGGCCUAAUUUCUUCAAGUAUAGCUGGGUUGAUCCUUAGUCAGGACUCGGAAUACGCUUGGCAUAAAAUCUUCUUCUUGAUGGCGGGCAUCAACGUGACAUGCCUAACUUUCUACCUUCUAUUUGCUAAAGGAGAAAUCCAGGAGUGGGCUAAAGAAACGAAAACCACACGAUUGUGAAGGUGAGGCUUGAAACUGAAGAUAUGUGGAAGUGAACAACUGAUGAUGAACUUCUG